CAGGUUGCUAAUGGAGUUAUUGAAGAAUCUUAGAAGAGUUAGCUUUCUGAAGAGCUCAAUUGCCUUUAUAUUUGUAGUUGUCUCUGUUUCAUGCUUGUUGGUUGUUGCUGUUUCAGUGCUUAGGCUUCCCGAGGUGUCACUGGGAAGCAAUGCUUUGGGGACUUAUAGGGCUUUGAGAUUGAAGGAGGUUUCUGAGGAGAAGACUUUGGGAGAGCUUGGAAAGAUGAUGGUUGAGAUGUUGCCUGAUGAUCUUGCAUUCACCAUUUUCCUCCCUUCAGAGAAAGCUUUUGAACGCGAUGUUAAACUGUCUGCAUACAGUAGUUUGGGGGAACAGAAUGUGAAUGAUACCUAUGCUGUUCUCACCCGUAUACUGGGCUUUUCAACUGUUCCUCGUAGUCUUCCCUUAGUUGCAAUACCUCUGGGUAAGGAAAUCUCAUUGGAAUCUAUAGCUGGAUUUGGAUUGUAUGCUUCAAGGGACUCCAAGGGGAAGCUGCUUGUUAACAGAGUCUCAUCAGAACGGGUUGAUCUGAGGAAAGGAGAGAUCGUUGUACAUAUCAUGCAUGGGGUGAUCAUGGAUGCCGAGUUCGAACAGGCUUUCCAACCUGACUAUGGAGGUGAAGACUGAAUAGAUUUAAUAUCUGGAAGUUAUCCUCAUGGAAGAUUUCGUUUGUGUAGACGAGAUCUAGCUGAGCUUAUCUGAGAGUUCUUGCCCAGUGUCCUAACUCCUACCUGUUGUAAGUUGUGAGUUGUGACACAUAAAUGUACUUUUUCAAACCAUUUUUUAGAUAUUGCUGGUCUCUGUGUUCA